AUGGCAGACACGAAGAACGGCGAAGGCGAGGCUCCGUCUUCGACGGCUGGGGACCAGUCCAAUGCACCAUCACCGCGCAACGAAGAGGAUGUGCAAAGCAAUCAACAACAUCAACCCAACGCUGCAUCAGAAACAGCACCUUCAAAAUCAACUAGCAAGGCUUCUUCCACUAGAAAUUCGACACCUGCUGCUUCUUUGGAGGUACAGCACCCUGCACAGGAUCCCGACGACGCGUCUUCUGCCAUGGAAGACGUGCAACCAUCACUGGAGGCCACCAACGGUACUUCAAAUCAGUCCAAAGCAUCAUCAAAAGAGCCAGAUCAAAAUGGUGAGGCGCCAUCGUCAUACGGUACGCGAUCGCGCGGCCGUCCUGGCAGGUCGCGACCUAAUUAUGCUGAAGACACCGAAAUGGACUUUGAAGUGGGAGCUGUAGCCGCGAAUGGCAACGUAUCUGAUCCGCCGUCGCGUAAUUCUGUGGCUCCCGAAAACGGUCAUGUUCCCAGUGUGAGUGGGAAGAAAGGUUCCGCCUCUGCACAAGGCAAUGCAUCGUGGGGUAAUUCCGGAUCCAACACUAAAGAAAACGCGCCGAAUCCCAAUAUUUCCGGCACAUCAACAACCGCUGCAACAACUCAGUCCAGCACACCACAGCCGCAACCCGCAACCAAACGGCGCAAAAAUGCUGCUGCCAACGGCGCAAAUGGUAGUCACGCGAGCGCCGCUGCGCCAAGCCAAGCAGGGGCGAAGCGCGGAAGCCAUGCCAGCGCCAUGGUAGCCGCCAACAGCGCGCGGGAGUCCAACAUGAUGACUUUCGAAAACACUGGCGCUUUCCUCGUCGAUGGUCACUUGGAAGCAGACGAUGGUCAGAUUGUUUCCGUUAAUGAUCAAGUGUACCUCGUGUGCGAGCCGCCCGGCGAGCCCUACUACCUCUGCCGGGUCAUGGAGUUUAUCCACGUCGACAACGACCCCAAGAAGCGGAUAGAGUCCAUGCGAGUUAAUUGGUUCUACCGCCCACGAGAUGUCCAGCGCUACAACAAUGACACUCGUCUGGUCUAUGCGACCAUGCACUCGGAUCUUUGUCCCCUUGCAUCUCUACGAGGAAAGUGCCAAAUCUUGCAUCGGAGCGAGAUCGGCGAUCUGGACGAGUACCGCAAAACCAAAGACAGCUUCUGGUUCAACCAGGUUUUCGAUCGCUUCAUCCACCGCUGGUACGAUGUUAUUCCAGUCUCAUCAGUCAUCAAUGUACCCGACAAGGUCAAGAAAGCACUGGAUGAGCGAUGGAAGUACAUUUGUCUCGAGACCAGUCGGGUGAAGGAACUAACUAGCGCCGUCAAGAGCUGCAAGCGUUGUGUCGGAUAUUGCGCAGCGAAUGACUCCGUAGAAUGUGCUGUGUGCCACAACACAUAUCACAUGAACUGCGUACGUCCGCCACUUCUGAAGAAACCAUCUCGUGGUUUCGCUUGGGCUUGCGGUCCAUGUAGUAGAGCUCAAGAGAAGAAGUUGGAGGCUCGGUUGGGUACCACCCACGAGGAUGCAGAGGAAGAAGAAAUCAUAGACGAAGAAGAGGAGGAGGCGAGCGGCGACACCAAUGCGACCACGCCGGAUCUGGAUUCCCAAAUCGACACACAUCCUGCUACACAGGCAGAGAUAGCCUUGGCUAAGAUGUGGCCCAUGCGGUACCUUGGCAUACAUUGCCGAGUAGAGGACGCACUGCAGUACGACGAUCGAGCCAUCUACCCUCGCGCGAGUUCUAGGUUAGGACCCCGACACCAAGCUAACGUCAACGUCUGGCACGGUCAUCCUGUGGAGUUGGUCAAACCGGCGGAGAUCAAGAAACGCUACGUCAAGGCUGCCGGUAACAAGAAGGAAGGCAAGCUUUCGAAAGAGACGGUGGCUGCGAUCGAAGCAGACAAGGCGGAGAAGGCUAAGCGCCCUAAGUGGGUGAUGGACGAGCCGCCUGGAUACGUUCGCCGUGGUCAAGAUCUUCCGAACAAGGACAAGGAAUGUACCGCGGAAUUGAUGUUCAAGAUGCCACCGUUAGGAGUACACUCUACGCGAGGAGAAGAUAACGCGCCGACCGUCACGGAGGACCAAGUCAAGGCUUACAUGGACCGAGCGAGAGCCUUGGCUAAAUCGCACGUUGGCGUAGAACCGUACAACACGAACUUUUUGGAUCGGUGUUUGGCGCUCUUUACCAAGCACCAGUACGAUGCAGAUGUAGCGUUGAAGCAUGUCAAAAAGAUCGACAAGCGGAAAGACUUGAAAGAGCCUGAGCUGACCAAGGAAGAAGAAAAGAAGUGGAAUGAGGGUGUCGCAAAAUACGGUUCGGAGAUCAGGCUCGUCCGCCUGCACACCAGCAAAACUAUGUUCUACGGCGAUGCCGUACGCUACUACUACAUGUGGAAGAAGACACCCAAAGGAAGGGAGAUCUGGGGCUCCUACAGCAGCCGAAAAGGGCGUACCAAAAAGGUGGAGCCUGAUGCACAGUCCCGACUUGUUGACGAUGUUGCGGACAACGCAGACGACUCGGCCUUUGACAGUGCAAAGGCCAUACAGCGCAAGCGUCUCUUCCAGUGCAAGUUCUGCACGGUCCGCCAUUCUCGCCAAUGGAGACGUGCGCCUGGUGUGACACCUGGCCAGAUGAUACCUCCUGAUGGUCGGUCCAAGGACAAGACCGGGUUCCUUAUCGCGCUUUGCCUACGCUGUGCCAACCUAUGGCGCAAGUAUGCAGUAACGUGGGAAAACGUCGACGAGAUUGCGAAGAAAGUCGCGCAAGGUGGAGGAAAGGCAUGGAAGCGACGCAUCGAUGAGGAGCUCCUACGGGAGGUCUACGCGGCGCAGUCAGACCCAAGCUCCAAGAACGGUACCCCCGAGUAUGCCGAAGCUCCGAGUGCCACUGCCCAGGCGACUGCAGAGCCGCCCAAGAAAAAACAGAAGACUGCUGCUAUGACCAACGGAGACAGCGGAACGACCACUCCAGUCAACGAGCCUGUCUCGAAGAAGAAGGAGAAGGAAAAGUCUACUGCAGCCCCCAAGGCUCCUACACCCCCACCAGUUCCUUCGCCUCCGAAACUAAGGCCUUUGCCCUGCGCCGUCUGUCGAUCGUCAGAAGGUUCCCGUCUAGAGUGUGCGGCCUGUCGGUUGACUAUCCACAAACGAUGUUACGGUGUUGAGGAAACACGACAGGCGAACAAAUGGUACUGUGAUACAUGCAAGAACGACAAGAAAGAGAGCGUGUCAUAUGAUACCGAGCAAGAGUUCUAUGAACAGCCGAAGAUUACCCACAAGAAGAAGACUGAUCGCGAUCGCGAAAAGGAGCGCCUAGAGAAGGAGCUUGUUGACCGAGCCAAGGACGAGUAUCGCCUCCGACAGCAGGAAAAGGGCCGGCCGCUUGUGCCCCGGGAGCCACUCAAGCGCACUGCCGACAAUAACUGGGUACAUGUGUACUGUGCAAUUUGGCAUCCCGAGAUCAAGUUCAGCAGCGCAACGCGUCUUGACAUGGUGGAGGGGAUAGGAGCACCAACACUUAGAUACGACGCAGUCUGCAAGCUGUGCAAGACGACUGAGGGCGCCUGUGCAUCUUGCUUGCAAUGCCAUGCGACUUUUCACGUUGGUUGUGCCCACAGCAACGGCUACACGUUCGGGUUCGACAUGACACCAGUCAAGGUUUCUCGGAGGGAUGCAGUGCCAACGGUUACCAUGAACGGAGAAACGGGUACAUUGAUUGCGGCGAUCUGGUGCAAAGAACAUACCCCCAAGACUGUUGUUCACCCCAUGAACGAGGAAGUGGAAGGGACGGAGCUGAUCGCAUUGCAAUUAUUCGCGCGCGAAUUCAAGCAGGCCGAUCUUACCUUGACAGGCACUGCGCGCAAAGCCAACUUGGUAGACCAGUCGACACGCAUCGUGCCCCAAAUUGCACCGACCCCAGUUAAUCGCAGAGCAUCCGCAGUCACCGCGCCAACGCCCACAUCGGCCCGUGGUCGACAAUCGAACGCUGGCAUAUCAGUCAAAGAAGAAUCUGCCGAACCUCCUGCGCCCAAGCCUGAGCGUAAAUGUGUGCGCUGCAAGAUUGAAGCUAGUCCGCGAUGGUGGAAAGUUGACGCAGAUAUGCCAGCAACACAAGCGCCUCGUGUGGUAGAUGGACCAAUUGACCGUGAUGGACAGACAGACCAAAACGGCCACGUUGAGAAGAAGCCUGUUGUCGAAGAGGGUCGAAUCGUCAAUGGCAAUGGCCAAGACGAUCGGCCAAUGACGGAUGCGCCAGCUGUCGCUCCACCUGCGCAUAACACUUUGCGGUUGAAUACUGAUGUGGACGCUGCUUCCUCAGCUUCGUAUAUAUGCCAGAAGUGUCAUUGGAAGAAACAAAAUGGUACGACUGACGACGAGGAAGAGCGAGCGAGGUCGGUAUCGAUCUUCAAAGAGCCACCGCAGACAUACCCUUUGCCGGCAACUCAGAUACCACCAUAUCCACCUCCACCUCCCUCCUUAGCAGGAGGAUGGACAUUACCAGGUGGUCCCGCACCAGGCCAGCCCCCUCCGCUACCCUCCUGGCAUAGCGGUGUCCCUCCGGGACCUGGACAUCCCCCGCACCAUCUACCCAACGGGAAUGGAUACGGACCACCACCACUACAGGGCCCACCUGUUGGUCAUAUCCCUUCGUUCCAUGCACCGUACCCACCUCAGCCGAAUGGCUACGCGGCUUUCUCAGGUGCACCAAUGCACUCUGCGAUAGCAGCCGCAGGGCUUCGGCCACCGUACUCAGGACCGCCUAUUAGUGGACCUCCCCAGCUACAUCAUAACAACGGCGCAAUGAUGGUCAACGGUGCUAUGCAAUCCCCACGGACGAUUCCGUAUUCGCCAACUCAUCCUCAUGCCCAUCCGGCCUCGCGUGAAAGCCCAUUCACUGCUCCUCCAGCAGUCGCGCAGUACCCCGUACUGCACCACGGUAGCCCUGCCCCUGGCAGACCGGCAACACCCAUGGACACGGUGAUGCGCGAUGCUCCAGCAGUGACGUCGGCGCCCACCGAACGCGCCAAUACCGGGGCAAGUGCUAGCCCAUCUCUCCGCAACUUGUUACAUUAG